ACAGACCUGGCAACCCUGGCAAGAACCAACCUUUCUCCCUCUCUCUCGCUGCAGCUGCUGGUGUAGUCGCUUCACUUCACUCGGCCACAGAAAGUGAUUCAACAUGACCAUGAAACUGGCAUACUGGGAUAUCCGCGGGCUUGCCCAGCCAGUCCGCCUGCUGCUGGAGUACACCGGCAGCAAAUAUGAAGACAAGUUCUACGUCUGCGGUGAAGCUCCCAACUACGACAAGAGCUGCUGGUUUGAUGAGAAACACAAACUUGGGAUGGAUUUUCCCAAUCUGCCCUAUCUGGAGGAUGGAGACAGAAAGAUCGUGCAGAGCAAUGCCAUCUUGAGAUACAUCGCUCGCAAGCACAACCUCUGUGGGGAGACGGAGGAUGAGAAGGUGCGGGUCGACGUCUUGGAGAACCAGGCGAUGGAUUUCCGAAAUGGGUUCGUGAUGCUGUGCUACACUGACUUUGACAAGAUGAAGCCGGGCUACCUGGAGCGUCUGCCAGGCACGCUGAAGCAGUUCUCAGAAUUCUUGGGAGACAGAAAGUGGUUUGCUGGUGAUAAGAUCACAUUUGUGGACUUCAUCAUGUACGAGCUGUUGGACCAACACAGGAUGUUUGAGCCCAAGUGCCUGGACGACUUCAAGAACCUCCGAGAUCUGCUGGACCGCUUUGAGGCCCAGGAGAAGAUUGCUGCAUACAUGAAGUCAAACCGAUUCAUGAAGAGCCCGGUCAAUAACAAGAUGGCCAAAUGGGGAAACAAGAAAGAGUAAAGCACCGUUCACACCGCAGAGGUUCAGCGUUAACAACGUUCAGUAGUUUCAUCAUCAUGAAAAUUCAGAAAGAGGAGGCGGUCUGUCCCGUUAGUGUCUUGUUAUAAAUGAUGUUCCCUUCUCUGUGUAGCUCAGACAGUCGGUGCCAACUCUAAAACCUAUUUUUUUUUUUUUUUAAUUAAAUGAUUUGAAUCAGAAUUUUAUACAAAGCUGGGUUUGUACUGAGAUUGUCAAAUAAGUCUAGGGUUUUUGUUUGACUUAAAGCACUUGAUUUACUUAAUCUUUAUAUUUUUGAGACAUUCUGGCACAGAACAGCGUGUCUUUGAAUUGAUUUUGUUUGAAUAAAGACAUGGAAAAUGUUACCAAGCUAGA